AGCGCUUUACGCUGCUCGGCUGAAGGGAGAAGAUGGGCACGGGGGAUUUUAUCUGCAUUUCCAUGACGGGAGGGGCGCCCUGGGGGUUCCGGCUGCAAGGGGGCAAGGAGCAGAGCCAGCCCCUCCAGGUUGCUAAGAUUCGAAGCCAGAGCAAAGCAUCCGGGUCGGGGCUGUGUGAAGGGGAUGAAGUGGUGUCUAUCAAUGGCACCCUUUGUGCAGACCUCACCUACCCUGAAGUCAUCAAGCUCAUGGAAAGCAUCACAGACUCUCUCCAGGUGCUCAUUAAAAGACCAUCCAGCGGAAUAAGUGAGACCUCGGCCUCUGAAACUGAAAACAUAAAUCAUGAGCAUCUUACGCAUGAGGAGUUUGUGGAAAGUACCACCCUACAGAUUCGUCCGGCCACUAAGACCCAGUGCACAGAGUUCUCCCUUGCCCCAGUCAAGAGUGGAGUUCCCCUAGCUGAGGACCAAGGAGAUGAUUCUGACUGUGUAGAGAGCAUAAAAGAAGAAAGAGACUCCAGCUACAAGAAAGGUCACCAAACACUUGACUCCCAAGGACAUUUGUCAGAGGAGGUCAUCUUAAGAAAGAGGGCAGAAGUGGGCCACCUGGGCCCUGUGGUUGAGCUACAACUGUCUCUCUCACAAGAGAGUCACCGUUGCACUGCUGGCCCUGUAGUGGCUCUCCAUGGAGCUGAAAAUUCCAAGUCACCUGCCCCAGACUGUGGCUUACAUGAGGAGACUGUCCACAUAAGUUCAAUCCCUGCUCCUGAGAAAGCAGAGCCUUCUGUGAAGUCCAGCAAGACAAUCCAGAUCUCCAGUGGCAGAGAACUGAGAGUGACCCAGGGGAGGGAAGCCCGCGUGGAAGUGAUCCUCGACUGCUCUGACAGGCAGAAGACGGAAGAGUGCAGGCUGCAGGCAGGAAAGGGGUGUGUGGCUUCUGUGGUGGAAGGAGGGCUGUCAGAGGCACCUCCUUCCCUGGUCUCCUUUGCCAUCUCAUCAGAAGGCACCGAGCAGGGAGAAGAUCCUUGCUCAGAAAAGGCUCACAGCAGACCACACAAGCACAGAGCACGACACGCAAGGCUCAGGAGGAGUGAAAGUCUGUCGGAAAAGCAGGUGAAAGAAGCGAAGUCUAAAUGCAAAAGCAUCGCCCUACUUCUUACAGAUGCCCCCAACCCCAACUCCAAGGGGGUGCUGAUGUUUAAGAAGCGCCGGCGGCGGGCCAGGAAGUACACCCUAGUCAGCUACGGCACGGGCGAGCUUGACCGCGAGGAGGACGGCGAGGAGGAAGGCGACAAGGAGGACCCAUGUGAGGUCGCACUUCUUGGCGCGAGCGAGUCAGAAGUGGAUGAGGAGCUAGCGUCUGACCUUGACGACAGCACACAGGUGGUGACCUUUGACUGGGAUUCUGGACUGGUGGACAUCGAGAAGAAACUGAGCCGGGGGGACAAGAUGGAGAUGUUGCCGGACACCACAGGCAAGGGGGCCCUCAUGUUUGCCAAGAGGAGGGAGCGGAUGGAGCAGAUCACCGCCCAGCAGGAGGAGGAAAGGGUGGGCGUGCAGACCGACGGUCUGAGAACCGUGACUUCCUACCAGAGGAAGGAGGAAGAAGCGCUGAGAACGCAGAGCUCGGUGAGCAAAACCUCCGUGCACAUGGGCCCCGUGCCCCAACAGAAUGGCUUCAGCGGAGCGUCGGAGCCAGCCGAGGCCCCCAGGGUGACCCCAAUGAACAGGACGGCCAAGCCCUUCCCGGGAGCAAUGAACGUACCGGCGGCCCCCUUCUCCCCAACCCGCAGUGUGACCAGUCCCGUCUCGGACUUCCCCGCACCCCCGCCCUACUCUGCGGUCUCGCCGCCACCGGAUGCCUUCUCCAGAGGGGUAUCGAGCCCGCAGGCUGGCCCGGCGCAGCCCCCUCCGUGGCCCCAGCCCGCCCCAUGGUCCCAACCAGCCUUCUACGAUUCAGCCGAGCAAAUAGCUUCCCGGGACGAGAGGAUCUCGGUGCCAGCAAAAAGAACGGGCAUACUGCAGGAAGCCAAGAGGCGAAGCACGACAAAGCCCAUGUUUACCUUCAAAGAGCCCAAAGUAAGCCCCAAUCCUGAACUGCUGUCGCUUCUUCAAAACGCAGAAGGCAAACGGGGCCCCGGAGCUGGAGGGGAUUCCGGACCCGAAGAAGACUACCUCAGCUUGGGAGCCGAGGCUUGUAAUUUCAUGCAAGGCUCCUCUGCCAAACAAAAGACCCCACCUCCCGUGGCUCCCAAACCCACCGUCAAGUCCUCCGCUUCCCAGCCAGUAACUCCAGUUUCUCCCGUCUGGUCUCCAGGAGUGGCUCCAACCCAGCCUCCCGCCUUCCCCACAUCAAACCCAUCUCAGGGCACAGCUGUGGCCUCCAUCAAAAUCGCCCAGCCUUCUUAUGCUCCUGCCCGACCUGCCAGUGCGCUGAACCUGGCCGGUCCUUUCAAAGGACCACAAGCGGCUGUGGUCAGUCAGAAUUACACGCCCAAGCCAAUGGCACCCACGCCACUAGCAAAUGCUACUCAUUCUGGUGUAGGGGGACCAUCCAACGAGCUGCCUGCAAUGAGUGGGAAAGGAGCCCAGCUCUUCGCUAAGAGGCAGUCAAGAAUGGAGAAGUACGUGGUGGAUUCCGACACGGUGCAGGCCCACGCAGCUCGGGCCCAGUCUCCCACUCCAUCGCUGCCCGCCAGUUGGAAGUACUCCUCCAACGUGCGAGCACCCCCACCUGUGGCCUACAAUCCCAUCCACUCCCCCUCCUACCCACUGGCUGCUCUCAAGUCUCAGCCACAGGCCGCUCAGGCCUCCAAAACGAGCAAGAAAAAAGGCAAGAAACCCCUCAAUGCUUUGGAUGUCAUGAAGCACCAACCUUACCAACUCAACGCAUCCUUGUUCACUUUCCAACCUCCAGAUGCAAAGGGUGGCCUUCCUCAGAAGCCAUCUGUCAAAGCCAGCGCAGCCCCGGCUGUGAAGCAGAUGCUUCCUCCCAGGCCGGUGAAUGUUGGCUCACCCACCGACAUGCAGGCUUCCUCCGUUUACUCGGUUCCGGCCUACACCUCUCAGCCUUCCUUCUUUGCAGAGGUGACCUCCCCAGUCAGUGCAUCCCCGGUGCCUGUGAGUGUCCCCACCUCUCCAAAGCAAGAAUCAGCCUCCUCAUCUUAUUUUGUGGCACCAAGGCCCAAGUUCUCAGCCAAGAAAAGCGGUGUCACAGCCCAGGAGAGUGGACGCUCCCUUUCGCUUCCUGGAAGGUCAGCCCCUUUCACCUGCUCUCCGUCGCCUUGGGUGUACCAGCCCGUUUACAGCAAGCCAGCUGAGGGAUUAGAGAAAGCAGGCCGGAGACCCACGCCUUGGGAAGCGGCAGCGCGCUCUCCGCUCGGGCUGGUGGAUGAUGCCUUCGCGCCCAGGAGCAUCCAGGAGUCCGUCGUGGCUAACGUGGUGUCAGCAGCCCGCAGGAAGGCGCUCCCGGGGCCCUCAGAGGGAUGGAAGGCGAGACUGUCCUCCGCUUCUCAGACCCCGGAGACAAACGCGGGCUUAUUCCAAAGGCAAGCGUAUCACGCUGCUUCCCUAGCCAGUAACCCCAUGUCCGCCAACUCCUUAUUCGGUUCCCAGCUGCCAUAUGCAUAUUACAGGCAGGAGUCCAGAAAUGAUUCAGAAUCGUUCAUGGAGACCAGGUCUGAUUACUGCCUUCCAGUCGCAGGUUGUAGCUAUAACCCACAGCCCAGGGGGUGGGGACAGCAAACAUGAGAGCCAGUGUGAAAACUGGCUUUUGUUUAUUUUAGUGCUCUCCGUAGGGUUCUUUACACUGUUGACAGAUUUAGGCACACUUUUGGUCUUGGCUGGUUCUCACCAGUCAUGGGUCUUGGUGUGUGUGUGUGUGUGUAUGUGUGUGUGUGUGUGUGUGUACUCAAGAGUAAGAGUCACUUCCUUGGCUGAUGUUGCACAGAGAAUGGUGGAAGCAGGAGAAUCAGUUCAAUGCCCUCUGCGUCAUAGUGAGUUUGAGACCAGUCUGAGAUACAUGAGAUCCUGCCUCAAUACAACUCAUUUUUCUGGGUUGAUGCUUUGGCUCUUAUAUGAACUUCAAUGUAGUUCAGUAUCUUAAUUCCAUAUAGAGGAGCUCUAUGAAACUCAACUUUGCUCAACUAAAGUGAAAUCAAAUACUUUCUUCUCUUAGUUUUUUAGUCCAGUAAGGAAUCAGUAGGAUUUGGUGUGCUAAUUAUCAGUAGCUCCAAUAGUAAGGAAUAUAAUAAUGGAGGACAUUUCUUCUUUUAUCCUUUUAAAAAUUAAUUUCUAAAUCACAAUACAAAACAAUGGGUUUCAUUGUGGCACUUUUAUUGUGUCAUUAUAUCUUGUUCUAAUUCAUCCAUCAGCUCAUGUCCCUUUCCCAAGCCCCUUGCUCUCCCCUGGCUACUUUCCUUCCUCCCUGUUGGAGGAACUUCUUAAGGAAAGUAGGAUCAUAAGCAUGCUUAUGUACAAAAUAAUCUCCUUGACUUCAUUUAAAAAAAUUCUCAAAUGUUAAGCCUAAUCUGUAGUUUUUAAAGAACUGAAAUAGACAUGUUCUAGUUUUAUCUAUUGUUUGUUUUUUAAACAGAGCUUUUCUAUGCAUCCCUAGCUAGCUUUUAACUCCCUUUGCAACCCAGUCUGGCCUCAAACUCAUGUAAUCCUCCUGCCUCAACCUCCUGACUGCUGAGAUUAUAGGUGUGUAUCACCACGCUGGGCUGAAAUAUAAAUGUUCUUAGAAAGGAAUACAUGAGUCAGAUUACUAUACAACUCAGAUAGACUUUGGGAGCAAAUGAUGUAAUGUGAGGAAAACCAAAACAUUUGUGUUUAGGAUUUAUUUUCUAUUUAAAGUCAGCAGUCUGAGACAGGAAUAGACUUUGGAUUUAGUCAUCCUCAUUUGUCAAAUGAGAACACUGGUUUAUAUAAUUUCUCAGAUUCUUAGUAGCUGAUAUUGUGAGCUUCUCAUUGGUAAAAAGAUCUUUGAUGCAUUAGUUUGUGUUGCUCAUCACAUAAAUAUCAGAUUAACCUUAGGAAUGGAUUGGAUAAUUAGUGUCACUACAUGCAUCACUGAAGGUAUGAAAAGGAAUUCCUAAGUGGCAGGUUUUGUUUAUGUGUUAUGUGGAAUGAGGGUUGAUGUGAAGAUAAAAGUAUUAAUGGAUUGAAGGAAGUGGUAGAUGAACAUAUUGGUUAUCAUGCAACUACAGCUCAUGAACACUUACGUGGUUACAGACAGCAUGUCACACCAGCCCGUGCAACAAGAGGCGCUUCUCUAGGAAGCUGCUGGCAGGAUGUUCCGAGGGAGUUAGACUGCUGCUUUAUCCAUCCCAUGGCCCAUGCCUGGCUAGUGUGACCAUGACGACACCUACUCCCACAGCCGUACUCACAAAGUGCAAAUAUAAGCAAAUCCAAAAUAGUUUACACUGAGAGUAGGUUUAUCUAAAUAACUUUAAAUUUUAAAAGAUUGAGUAUUUAAAACUUUCUUAGUUUUAGGUAAAUUAGGUAACUUUGCUUUAUUUUAUUUUUAAACCAUUUAUCUUACCACAUAAUGGUACUUUCGCAGCAGAAAGCUUUUUAUCAUGGAAGGGGCCUGGGAGCAGUGUAGUGGCAGAGCACUUGGCAGCAUGCGGCCCUAGGUUCAAUCCCCAACACCAGUAAAGCAGAACAAAACAAAUGAACUACUGAGGGUACAAAUGGUCCCUUACCUUAGAAGUAAAAAAAUUAAUUGAAGAAAUUACAGCAAUUUCUACUCGUGAUAGAAAUGGCUAGAAACUAAUUUGCUCAGUUAUGCAGAAAAGAAAUAGAUGAAUACUUUCUAAAACUAAGAUAGGCAUGGUGGUUCAUGCCUAUAACCUCAGCAUUCAGCAAGCCAAGGUAAGGCCUGGGUUUUACAAAUGACACCCUGCUUUACACAAAUAAAAACAAAAAGUUUUGUUGUUAAACUAUUUUAAAUGAAUGUAGUAUUAACUCUCUUAAAGUAUAAAAUACAAUUAUUGAUCCCAGGUGGUUUUUAUGUAGUCUUAAAGAAGUAAUAUCGCUUACAUUGAAAGUCUCAAGAGUCCCUCACAUAAAAAUUUGACUAGGUUGAAAAUAGAGUACAGCAUUUGAAUUAUUCCAGGCUGCAAUGUUUGAAAGAAUGGGGACCUAGCAAAAAAGGUAUUAUUUGUUGGGGCUAUAUUCUAUUCUAUUGCUUUUUUGUUUGGUAAGUGCUAAGCAUUAUUUCCCUCACUUGACACAUAUACUACUUACUAAGACUCACCAGAUUCAAAAUAGAAGCAGAUAGUUAACUUAGAUAUGAUAAAGUGUAUUUCUCUUUGUACCACAUUAAAAUCAUCGUUUGCAUUGAGCUACUUGAAUUUAUUCUAAACAUAAAGUAACACGUGGCAGCAUAGUUGUAGUAUCUCCAUUGUUAAAUCCUCACCAUGCACAGCUUUUCAUUGUUAAGUCCUCUCCCAGUGCACGUGGCUCUUCCCCUAAGUCCUCACCCAGUGCACCGAGGGUCUUCCCCUUGUUAAGUCCUCACCAAGUGCAUUAUUGGUAUUUCCAUUGUUAUAUUCUUUCCAAGUGUGCUGUGGCUAUUUUUCUCCCAUCUACUUGAAAGUGAUAAAUUCCAAUCAAUGUAUAGUUUCUUCAAGAUCUUUGGCCUGGUGAGAUUCUGUUCUUGUGGGGGUAAAGAUGUAGAUAACUAUUGUUGAUCUCAUCUUCCAAAAAAGUCCUUGUAGAGAAGAGGUGUUGCUUUGAAAUGCAUAUCACAUUUGUUGUAAGACAUAAUACAAUUGGUAGCAAUCCCAUAGUGUUUCACUGUACAUGUAAAAACCUUUUCUAAAGUAGCUCACCAUCAUAAAGCCAACCUGGCACUUAACCUGC